AUGGUCGGCCGCAAUGGUCGGAGGCGGCCUUCCUCAACCGCAGAGGUUCUGAACUUUGAUGGCGACGUAGAGGUUUCCGGAGAAAGGGCCAAAUGGGCCAAUAUCUGCUGCUCGUACCAGAGCUCGCAAAGAUUCUUUCCAUCCUCAUCGCUUCCAACAUCGCCCAAAGCUGCUCUCCAUUCAAACCAAACAAAUCCACCAAACAAAUCCACCAAACAAAUCCACCAAACAAAUCCACCAAACAAACCCAUCAAUACACAAACCACCACCUCGACGAGAACCUACUCUCCCAGCAUACAGUCAGCAAUCAGUGGGCCAAAGAUGCCCGUCGACAAGUCUGCCCCUCUCGGGCUGGGCGCCCUCGGCCAGCUCGACGCUGUGGCCAUCGUGGCCAACGUGGGCACGCCCAAGAAGUGGCGAAGAUAA